AUGGGCGUCCGAACUCCUUUCUACUUUGUUAUUUGCGUCGAUGACGACGAGGAAGUCGCUGAAAGUGCCCCUCAACCAACCAUGGAUGCCGACCUUUACAACUAUUAUUAUGGCGAUGACGACGACGAGGAAGAUGAUCACGACGAUGGCGUGUACUCCGAAUCCUCGUCUUGCCUGGACUACGAUGACAACUCCUCACUCCUAGAUGAUAUUGACUCUGUCUAUGGAGACGAUUUGGAUGAAUGCGAUUUCGACAUUGACUUUCCAAGUUAUUCCAAACGCGAAGUCCUUCAUCCAUUUCAACAAUACAAUGCCACACUUCCUGUUGACAGUGAUGAAUACUUCAAUGACUACGAAGACGAUGAAUAUUCAUUGCCUUCGGAGGAAUGGGAAGAAACAAUCAAUGAUGCUCGUCGGGAAGCUGUUGAUGAAACAAGCGUCCUCUCCGUCAUGGUCGACAAACAAACCAGACGGAGGCAUGGCCGACGAGAAACCACAGAUGUCCUUUAA